GGUCGGGAUGGUGACUUCGUGCAUGCCGAACAGGCUAGGUGAUCUCUUCCUUUCUCUCAAGGAUCCAAGUGGUACAAUUGGUGCUUCAGUACACCAGAAAGUAUUUGCAAAGGAGGAUGGCAUGGUUGUAUCAGUAGGGUCUGUCAUUGUUCUGAAAAAGGUGGCUGUUUUCCGUCCAUCUCACAAGGCUUGCUAUCUUAAUAUCACCGAAGAAAAUCUAGAGAUGCUUGUGCCAAAGGACUUCCCCUGCGCAUCUAAGCAAGUGAUUUCAUCAAGUCCUUCAGAAAGUCAACAUCUUGUAACGCAUACAGAAACAAGGAGUUCGUCAUGCCAAGGAGAUAGCCACAUUAGGAGAACUGGAGUUAAAACAUAUGUAGAAACAGCAGCAGAUACUCUUCAAGAUUGUACCUUAAGAAUGGACAAAGGAAGUACUCAAGGGGUAGAAAAUCACCAAGGUAUAAGGUUGCAGGAAAAAGCUAUAAAUCCUUCAAACAAGAAUAAACCAACCUUCAGUGCCAAUCAGCAAUUGCAAAAAACAAUUAAUAGCAUUAGUCCAGCUAAUGUCCAGCAAAGACGAGGAAGCCCAUGCAGUAAGUAUGGGAGCAGCAGGAUUGAAUGUUCUACUAAUAAUAUAAUGAUGAGGCUUUUAGGUGGUGAAAGAAAUGUGACAAAUAGCAGGGAAAUGGUUGAUGCUGAGGUGUACUUUGACCAUGGUGGAACGGCUGAUGCCAACAAUAGCACUUCAAUAAUGGAUAGUGACACUAGUACUUCAGGAAAGCACCAGGGGAUAGGACACCAAACACUAAUGGAGCGCCUCGGCAGCAGGCAUAUAUCAAACCACAAUGGUGAAGAGCAUCACCAGCAAAGUUUGGGUGCUCCUGAAAACCCAAACACAAGAUGUUCCCAGCCUAGUCUAGGUGGAUGCUCAGUAAUGCCUGGAACAGGAGAUUCAGUUGAAGCUAGUUCUGAUGAAAAGCGGAGUCAACCUGCUGAAGGUGAAUGGAUGCUCCCUAGUAGCAAAAAGCUGAGGACUGAUCCAGUAUUGCCGGAUAAUGUUAUGUCAAGUAUGAAUGUUCCACAGGAAGUUCAUGUUGAGCACGCUUCAAUCAACAAACCCAACGAGUGUCAGCCAGAGGACCUCACUGCUGGAACUUUGGGCAUUGUCUUGCCAUCUCAAGAAAAUAGUUCUGCAAGUGUAACGACCAGCGAUGCAACUUCAGUCAGUGCAUCGUUGCAUUUGCAGCCAACUAAGUUGGCUUCUGUAAAUGAAUGGACAGAUGAUCAGCUAUCUGAACUGUUUUUAGACUAUUAGGGUAGGAGUGAAUGUCUCAUCUCAAGGAUGGAUGCUUUUGGUAGACUUUAGCGAGUUCCUCGGACUGUCGCCUCACAUACAGCUUCCCAGACAUAGCAGUAUCAUAUCAUAUGUUAAAUUGUAAUUGAUGUUCUUCAGUCGAUGAGGCUUCUCUCAUCAUACAAAACAGCUUUUGCUGACAACGAAAUCA